CAGACUGCCAGAUGGUCAACAAGGCAGAAGCAGACAUCUUUGCAGAAGCCAUUCUUCUACGGUAGAAGGACAAUCUACCCGGUGUGUGCAGAGCCACAUUGCGCACCACCAUUCGACCAUCCAACUUCAAGCUUUGGUAGGACAGGUUCUGGCCAUUGGUAGGAAUUUGCAAGGGCAUCCCACGAGCAUGCAGAAAGCUAGUCUGCCGAAUUCCAGGUAUGCUUUGAGAGAAUCGAUUCCUGCUCUGGACCAGUAGUCUGUUGGCAUCGCAGGCGUUGAAUGAGAUGAGGUGCAUUGAUACAGUCCCUAGUCCUGAUCUGCAUUACUGAAGUGCAAGAUGGAAACCGGCAGUCUUGUCUGAAAGGAAACCCUUCAACCCAGAAGGAUCUGGCAAGAGGGGUGAGCAAAAAGACGCAAUCUCUGAAGAAGGUCCACGAGGUUUCAUCUUCCGGGAGCACAAGAUGGCUCCGACGAGACAGAAUUCAGCCUGCAGCAGGGUGGACACGGGCCUGAAGGGCGUUCUUGCGGGUGCCCCCGAAGAACAAAGUCAGGCUGGAAGGCCCUCGGCGGGCACCAUCGUUGGAAAGGCUUCUGCGGCGACAACGCAAUUCUGCAGAUUGGUUCGACGGGGAUGUGAAGAUGCGACUCAAGCGCGGGAUCAAGUCAGACUAUGUCAGAAGGACUUGGCCAAGAGGCCGCCCUGGGGAAGCGGGCUCACGCCUGGCAAACAGCAGCGCAGCACGCCCCUUCGCGUUGGCCCCCCCAGCCGCCACAGCAGAAGCUCCUUGGCUGCCCACCCCCACUGCACCCACGCAGCAGAAACCCCCGGAGAAGCAGCUCUUUCAACAAAGCGGACUCUGUCAUUUGUGCCAGCGCCAGCACAGCUCGACGACGCGUCCGCACCCCAGGGGCCCACGCUGAGCAGGUCUGCCGGAGCUGCAGAAGGAGAAGAGGCGAUAUGGCCGCCGCACCAUGGGGUACAGGGAUCGGCGGUGGCGGCCAAGCAGACCAAGAAGCAGAUGGGAGACGUACACAUUGCGGGAAAGCAAUUGGCACAGGUCGAUCCGGGUCAGGCAAAUGCCGCCUCCCUCGCCCCGUCGUCCCCUCGCUCCCCCCUCGACCUCUGCACGCCUCAGACUGACGUCAGCAGAGCGGUCGCCGACUCGCCCCCGGUCCCCGCCACUGCGCAGCAGACAGGAGCCAGUGGAGAAGCCGACGCCAAGCACCGCGCGCCCCUCGAGGCGAAGCUCGCGCAGGCGCAGGCGGAGCGGGCCACGCUGCAGGCGGCGCUGGAGAAGAAGCCGAGGUUUAAAGAAAGCCAUACGGUGCGGCAAAGAAGUCGCUCCGCCUUUUCUAGCAAAUAUCGCGGCCGCCCCUGGAUGCGCAACGAGCGGGACGACGCGGAGGCGCGUGCCCAGGCGGCGCUGGAGAGCGCACGCGCGGAGCUGAGCAUCGCCGCUACUGAGAAGGAGGAGGCGCAGACGCGCGCGCGGGCAGAGGCGCUCAAGCGCCAGCAGACGGAGGCAGAGGUCGAGAGCAUGGCCCGCGAGUGCGCGGCUCUGCGCGCCUCCCUGACGGAAGAGCAGGCAGCGCGGGCUGCGGCGGCAGAGGGAGCGGAGGGCGAGCGCGAGCGCGGCCGCGAGGACGCCGACGUGGCGCUGCACGCGUCCGCCGAGACCAUCGCGCGGCUGGAAGGAGAGUUGGCGCGCGCGCGGAGCGACGCGGCGGCUGCGGCAUGCAAGCUGGAGGAGGUGGCGGCCAAGGCGCAAGCGCUCGCCACACAGCUCGAGCAAGCCCAAGUUGCAAGCCGCCAGUCCCUCGCCGACGCCGCCGCAACUGCGUCGAAAGAGCGCGCAUCGGCCCGCGCGCUCGUUGCCGCGGCAGAGGCGCGGCUUGCCGCGGUCGACAAGAAGGCGGCCGCCGCUGAGCAGGAGGCGGCUGAGGCGCGCGCACUCCUGGACAGUGAGAAAGCGCGAGCGACGCUUAUGGAGGAGCAGCUCGAACAGUUGGAAGCUCGCCGCUUGGAGGCCCUUGAGCUUGCAGAGAAGGAGGCCGCGCGGCUCGCGCAAGUGGAGGCAAGCUUGGUCCAGACCGAGGCUUCGCUCGCGCUCGCGCGCGGUGAGGAGGCGAACGCGCGCGCGCAGGAGCGCGAAGCAGAGCUUGUCAAGGAGAUCGAGGAGCUGCGCGCCGCCGAGGUCAAGUGGACGGAGAGCAACGCGCGGUUGGAAGCGGAGAUGGGCAGGCGCCUGAAGGCCGACGCCAAGGCCUCGAACGAGGAGGCGCGGCGCCGCAAGGUGGAGCAGCGGCUGGCGGACGGCGAGAACGCGCGCGCAUACCUGGAGAGUAAGCUCCGCGAGGCAGAGGGCAUAACGCGCGCGGCGGAGGCGGCCUGGGAGGAGAGCGAGGCCAAGAGGCAGGCGCUGAAUGACGAACGCGGCCAGUGGAAGGUCGCUGAGUGCAAGCUCGAGGAGCAGGCCGCGAAGCGCGAGGCUGCAGAGUCGAUGGUGAAGGCCGCGACCGCGCGCGCCGAAGACGCGGAGCGGAAGCUGGAGGAGGCCCGGGAGCAGCUCGCGCACAAGGUGACCAAGAGUACCCAGUCCCUCACCGCGAGCAGCGCCCGCGUCGCCGAGCUGGAGGCGGAGCUGUACCGGGCGCGAGCGGCCCACGUGGCCCUCGAGACCAAGUGCGCGACGGCGGCCGCGCGCGUGGCUGAGCUGCAAGAGACCGUCGCCGAUAAGGAGGCGGACAUUGCGGAGGGGAGCCGAGUGAUCCAGGAACUGAUGGCGCAGCUGAGCGAGCUCACCUCCGAUAACAUAGCGGAAGAGCGGCGGCUGAGGGACGAGGUGACGCGCGCGCAGGCGGAGGUCGCCAAGCUGAAGCGCGCGCUGUUAACGGCUCAAACCGCCCUGAAGAAGGCUUCCGCGCACCCCUCCAAGUCUAACGAAGAGCUGGAGCGGGAGAACUCGAAGCUCAAGCAAGAAAACACGAAGCUGCAGACGGCGGCUGACGUGGCAGCGGUCGCGGAUGCCGCGGAUCGGCGCGCAUUCAAGGCGCACCUGGAGACCGAGCGCGAGCACGGGGAGACGCUGAUCGAGCAGCUGCGCGUCAAGAACGAAGAAGUGGACAGCCUGGAAGCGGAGGUCCUGUUCCUGAAACAGCAGCAAAAUGAAACCUCCAACUACCGGGAGUUGCGCGCGUACACUAUGUUGCACGAGCUGGGGGGCAAGAUGAACGAGAUCCGCCACAAACUGACCCAGUUGCUCGUGUCCUUUCAAGAGCCCGGACCAUCUUCCGCCCACUCCCUCGCCUUCAUCCACGACGAGCUUGCGCGCCUGCGCGCCUCCCUAGACGCCGAGCACGAGGAGGACAUGGACGUGGCGGGCCCUAGCUCUUCCCAUCCCCCGGCCUCUCCGCAGCAAGGGGCGCCGGAUAAGUCGGUCAACGACACAGAGGUUGGCGACUGCGGCCUCACCGGCUGGGGGGAAGUGGACGAUGCGAUUGUUCUGGUGGAUACCGGAUCCGACGCCGUGGAUGCGGCUUAGAGAAACCUAUUCUAAAUAACCGGCGGCUGUUUGAGACGGCGCGGAUUCGCUUGAGGCCUAAUUUCUUGUGAUGCAAAGGACGGGAUAAACUGUGAUUAUACUUUUUCGUCGUGUUGGAUAGUCAGACUAGGCAAGUUUACGGAAGAGAGAUCGUAGAAGAGGACGCGUGAGCCACGUGCAUCGAAGUGGGGUACCACAAGUCAGACGUGUUACAAAGUUGAUUCCGUUGCUCUGUGCUGAUCCGCAGCCGGAGCGGAGAGGAGCUGGUGACAAGCGGCAACUGCUUUCCAAAUUUGCAUCAAUCUGCAUAGUAGUUCCUAACACGUUGUGAGGUUUUGGGCGCAGUGGCAGACCUUAAGUGAUAAAAGAGAGCAGGUUUCAAAAAGAUCGAAAGGUUCUUGUUCAUAGGGGGUGAUUAUAGGGUUACCGAAGCCAGUCUGCACGCCGUCAAGGACUCGAGCAAGUCAGAGAUCCUCCAAAGCUCAACAUAAGCUUUCAACCGCAAGGACCGUCAAGCCGUCACUGGAAGCGUCAGAUCAGACAAGAGCCCAACCAGCCGGCCGGCAGCAAGAGUUUUAAAAUAGCAACUAUAGGUACUAAUAGGUUGACCUAGAUUUGACUCUUUAUCAUACAUAGGUAUAUUUGGUCAUAUCUCAUAGAAAUACACUAACUUGAUCAAUCCGUAAGCCAUUUGCAUGAGAAUGAUUAUUCGCA